AUGGAUAAACCACCACAUCAGCAACCUGGAAAAAGAACUAGUCCGCUACACAUCAUCAAUGGCCACGAGCGCCUUCGCAUAGAGCCAUGGGGUCACAACUCAAUUCGUGUACGAGCAUCUUUAUAUCGAGAUGGGACAGGAAAUGAAUUGGGUGCUUUGCUAGAAACUCCGUUAAACGAAUGCGGUACGGAGUGUUUGGAAAGCCCAUUAAAGAUAUCCUAUCACAACAACUCCGCUGUACAAAAUGGUCUAAUCGAAGUAAGCGUUUCAAAGAACAAGUUGAGAUUUUGGCGAAUGAAUGGCAUCAGUCGUGAGCUUCUUUUUGAAGAGCUAUGGCCUCAGGUAAUAGAAUGUUGCAAUCCAGUGAGAGAUUUCGAGUACUUAUUCAAUUGA